AUGGAAGGAGCACAAAUCGUCUUUGUGACUGGUGCUAAUACCGGGCUUGGCCUAGAAAUCGUCAAAGCUCUUUGUUCUUCCAAGAUAACCUACGAAAUAAUACUUGGUGGGCGAUCCAUUGCCAGAGCCGAACAAGCAGCGAAGGACGUCUUGGCGCAAAUACCAUCCACACAGAGCCGCAUUCAUCCGAUUCAGAUCGAUCUCGAACAAGACAACUCUAUUGAGGCCGCCUUUGAGGAGGUGGAGAAGACCUUUGGCAAACUUGAUGCCCUGGUCAAUAACGCAGGUGCUCAAUUUGAUCAAGAGCUUCCAGCCGGAACUAUGACUAUGCGACAGGUUUGGAACCAAACCUGGAACGUCAAUACAACCGGUACACAGGUCGUAACCGCGACUUUCAUACCCCUACUACUCAAGUCUGAGAACCCUCGCCUGCUCUUCAUCACGAGCGGUACGUCAACGCUCGCGGGUACAGCAGACACCAAUCAUUCAAUCAACCGGGUUCCACCGAAAGGUUGGCCCAAGACCGGUGCUUACCAGAGCAGCAUUCCCGCAUACCGCAGCAGCAAGACCGGCAUGAAUAUGAUGAUGAGCGAUGGCAUCACGCAGGGAAUGGGCUAG